UUCUCCUCCAUGUCAAACGGUUUUUGAAGCGAGGUCACAUCAGCCAGCGUGGGAAAGAGAAAGAAAAGUGGGAAUAGAAGAGAGGAGAGGAGAGGAGGAGGAGGGAGGACGGGGAGAGGAGGAAGAGGCACGCUGCUGCCUCCACUCUACUACUACAAGCACUGCUACCUCCUCCGCAACUACUACUACUACCUCCUCCUCCGCUACUACUUCCUCCACUAUCUGUGCCCCGGGGGCUGCCCGUCCUCCUCCCCCAUGGACUGUGUAUGGGGAGGAUGGCUGUAGGCGGCGGAGCGGGGCUACCUGUGUGGCCGGGGACUGUGUGAGGGGCAAGCAAGCAGGAAAGACCAUAGAAGAGCCUUCCUCCUCCUCCCCGCUCUGCCCUCCGGUGGAUGCCCCGGUGUUCUGUGCGGACAGAUGAUGUAAUCCUUCGGAUUGGUGCCCUCUAUGCGCUGCGUCCCGCAGCUCGCCGCCUGGCAGUUCUCGGCUGCGUCUCUCUUCAGGACCUCGAGGACCCGUCAGCCACCACAGACUUAGGAAUCCGGCUCCUCUACUUAUACUUGGACCACCGGGAGGUGGAAGCCCUGUACCCCUGCCUCCUCCCUCCUCAUCUCUAGGGUGCUUAUGAUGGAGAAGGACCAACAAGCAGAUCAGCAAUAUGAGUGUGUGGCGGAGAUAGGGGAAGGAGCAUAUGGCAAGGUGUACAAGGCCCGUGACCUGAAGAAUGGAGGACGCUUUGUGGCCCUGAAACGGGUGAGAGUGCAGACUGGGGAGGAGGGAAUGCCGCUUUCCACCAUCCGGGAGGUGGCUGUGCUGAGACAUCUGGAGACCUUUGAGCAUCCAAAUGUAGUCAGGUUGUUUGAUGUGUGCACCGUAUCGCGGACAGACAGAGAGACCAAGCUGACACUGGUGUUUGAACAUGUUGACCAAGAUCUGACCUCUUACUUGGAUAAAGUGCCUGAACCCGGAGUGCCCAAUGAGACGAUAAAGGACAUGAUGCACCAGCUUCUCCAGGGACUGGACUUUCUCCAUUCACACAGAGUGGUUCACCGUGACCUCAAACCUCAGAACAUUUUGGUCACCAGCAAUGGACAGAUAAAGUUAGCGGACUUUGGCCUUGCACGGAUCUACAGUUUUCAAAUGGCACUUACAUCUGUGGUGGUCACGUUGUGGUACAGAGCACCGGAGGUUCUGCUGCAGUCCAGUUAUGCCACGCCGGUUGAUCUCUGGAGCGUCGGCUGUAUAUUUGCAGAAAUGUUCCGCCGAAAGCCCCUGUUUUGUGGAAGCUCAGACGUGGAUCAGCUAGAAAAAAUAUUUGAUGUCAUUGGUCUCCCGGAUGAAGAGGAGUGGCCUAGUGAAGUAGCCAUCCCACAAACUGCCUUCCAUUUCCGGCACCCGAAGCCAUUAGAAGACAUUGUUCCAGACAUUGAUGAACUAGGCAAAGAUUUACUUAUCAAAUGUCUGACAUUUGGCCCUGCAAAUCGGGUGACGGCAUUCAGCGCCCUGUCCCAUCCUUACUUUGAUGACUUACAGACACACAAAGACAGUUCAGACCGUCACAGGCCCAAUGGACAGAAGGCUGGAGAGGACAGUACAAUGGAAACAAAGAACCCCUGAGCCAAGGAAGGUCAAACUAUAGACUUGGCCAAGUGGCCAUGAGGUUCCGAGUGUCACACAGCUUAUCCUGGGCACCUGACCUGCAGCCUCCCUCGUGUAUCUGCAAACAAACCAAUCAAUGCAAGCCGUGUGCAGCUUACUUUUUAUUUUUUUAUAAUUUUAUUUUUAUUUUUUAGUCUGGGUUGUCUCCAGUUUAAAGCAAAGCUGCUGAUCAAUUUUGCUGCCUUUAUUUUUCUUUUAAUUUAACUUUAAAAAACACCGGUAGAACAUAGACUGAUCCGGCAUCCAACCCAGGAUGGACUCUUCUUACAGCUGCUGUCCGAAUGACCUUCACUUUUGUUUUAUAUUUUUGGUUUAUAUCUUCUCUGUUGUGCACUAUUGUACUGCAGCCAUCGUGACAUUAGUAGCCCAUAAUUAAUUUACAGAUUUGAUCUCAUGAAUGUCCGUUUAGCCAGAAAACUGGUCCUCUCACAUGUGGAAACAAGUGGGGUGCAUUUACACAUGAUUGUCUUGGAUUAUUUCAGUCAGUAAUAUCUUGGAAUUUGGGCUUUGAAAAAAAACUUGAGCAGACUUAUCUAGUAAGGCAGUGCAGAGUUCAAGUGCAAAAUGCCAAAGCAACCAAUCGGAUUCUGCCAGAUUGUGGUCAUAUCAAUAUAAAGGUAGCCAUAGACUUGGAAUGAUGGCUGCCCAUUCCAUAUAAUCCUGGCUAAGAUCUCGAAGGUAAAUAGUUGCUGGGCUGGCUUGAUGUAUGUACCUUCUUUCUCCUCAUUCCAUGACCUAAAUAUGAACUGUUAAGCCUCGUACACACGAUAGGUUAACCAGAGGACAACGGUCUGGAGGACCGUUUUCAUCGGUCAA